GGGCGCGGUGCCGCAGCGCUGGCGCGCCGCGCGGCCAUGGCGCGCGCGCCCUGCGGCGUGGGCCGCGGCGGGCGCGCUGGCGCUGGCGCCGAGAGCCUGCGGAGGAGAGGCGGCCGCCAGCAGCGCGGAGCGGCUGCCGCCGGGGUGCUCAUCUCCAGAGGCCGCCGAGCUCCUGGCGCACGCCCGCCGCCACUGCGAAGACUCCAGAUGUGCAAUCAACAAGGACCGAGCUCCUGGACGCCUCCCACUCCGUCUGGCAGCGCUUCCUGCUGGCGUCGCCCGCCGCCCGUCUAUCAGGAUACGCGGAGUGCGGCGCGGCCGUGGUCUCGGCGGCGGUGGUGAUGCUGCACCUGGCCUACGGCCAGCUGGAGGCCGAGGGCCAGCUCCCAGUCAUGGCCCGCAUGGCCUCGGAGGUCGGAGACAAGCCCCCUCCCUGGGGGGUGCCGGCGGGCCCCUUCUCCGCCCGCUUCCUCGCCCUGUACCUCGUCUUCCACCCCGUGCGGUACAGCAGCCUGUGCGACCCUCAGGACGUGGAUGGUGCGAGCCUUUACUUUCCUGGCGUUUCGUGGGUGGUGAGUUCCUUGGAAGAAGGAGUGCAAUGUUGGACAGAUCGGUCGUAUUUCUAUUAUUAUCCGUCCACACCAGCGGUAUCCCAGUUGGGACGAGGUUCUGGAUGGGGCCACACAGAGAGUAUCGAGGAGCCAGCUUCGUCUUGACCGCCAAGGAGUCUGGGACGUUUUACUUCUGGAGUGAGAGUAAUGCUUCCCGCGAUGGUGGGUUCCAAUCGGCGUACUCGGACAACACGCUGGGCACUAUGCGGUACAACGGGAACAAUCUCGUGACAUAUUCCAUGGCAGUGACCGGUGGGGCGACGGUGUCCAUCGAUCUGGCAACUGCGGAGUUCGUCGGCGGCUUCGCGUGGGCCUCUGCGCAGGCACCUGCGCCAGCGCUGGCUCCGACCUCUGGGAGACAGGAGGCCGCUCGGCCGGUGCAGCGCACCCGCCUGCUCCCGCGGCACGCCAGCCUCGCGGCCGCGCGCUGCGCGCUCCCGCUCGACGACAGCCAGCUGGCGGCCCGGUGCAACUCCAGGCGGCAGUGGCGCCUGGCAGUGGGUCCGGGCGGCGGCUUCGCCUCGCAGCCGCCGGACUGGCGGUGCCCAGCGAACGGCACGGCCAUCCUCUCGAAGU